UGAGCUAUUGUUGACAACAUAAUAGUAAACAAAACCCAACAAGUUUAUGAAUAUUUUAAAAAUCAAAUGACUGACAGGGUGAAGAAUAUCGACAGAGGCGUGAAAACAGAAAGCAUAGAGGAAUCUUCAGAAACUCUCUUCCUCAGCAAGCAACAGAUAACUCAUGAGCAUCAAUUUUCCAAAGCACUUCUUGAAAAGUCUUUGGAUGGCUUGGUUACCCUUCUUUCACAGACGCAGUCUUCUUGCAUAGCUGAAAAUCUUACACCCUCGCAACUUCGUGCAGAUGACUCUCCAAAACUUACAUCGACACUAGCUAUUUGCGUAUACGAGCAACCAGGAAACAAGAGGAAAGCAAAGGCGAGAGAAAUCUUGGAGUGGGAACUUGCAUAUGCAUCAGCCCGUCAAAGACUGACUGCUCACGUCAGAGCACUGUUAAAUUUGUGCGUUCUGUCUCGAAUGGAGAAUAUAGAGUUUGACAAGGAUCUUGCUUUUCAAACCAUUCAAGAGAAACUAGAACUGUUAAAAGCUAGACUACAGAGUGCAGGCGUCGGGGUUGAGAAAAAAAGAGUUCUCCUUGCUCAGAAUUUACUAGAAGCGGAAUAUUUGAUUGAAAAAGGUCUUUUUUUCAAUUCUAGAAAUAAGCAAGAAGAGGCCUUGGCUUGUUUUAAGCAAGCGUUACAACCUGCCUUUGUAGGAGCAGAAAUGGGAUUUAGGAAAUGGUUGCUGGCAAGUCUGAAAUGGACAGCUGUCGGUGAAAUGAAGGCAAAACAUUGGCUUCAGGGCGCUGUUUACUUCACAGAUUAUUGUGGAAGAUGUUUAUUUCACAUUCGAGAAGUUGUCCUACAACAGAGCACACCUGCUGUAUAUUCCGAUUCCAAAAAUCAUGUAGAAAAGUCAAAUGUAGAACCAAGAAGUCAACUCAAGUACUUUAUACCUGGGAAUUUCGUGGAAUCGUUUUUGAACUUAUGUGAUUGUCUGUUUCAUUUAAGGCUUUACGAGGCUGCGAGUAUUUGUCUAAACUAUAUUUCAUCUGUUGUCCUUUCGGUAGACGAUGAGGAAAUAACGGGCCGUCAUUUUGAACUGAAAAUGAACGUUAAUGAUAGUAUCAAUAGAGAAAAGAGAAAGGCACUGGUUUCCGAGGAUGAGGACUGGGACUCUGAAUUUGGCUCUCUGGACGCUGAAGAAUUACAUCCGCGCUUCUCCAACUUGUUUGGUGAUAAGUUUACUCAACUGAAUUCUGAAAAAGACCAUAGGUUGACUCUACUGAAAGAGCAGAUGGAGGUUCGAAGUUCAUUCCUAAAAAAUUCUGCAUUUAUAAAGUAUCCGAAGCCAACAGUUCUCUAUAGCUUAAGACUUGCAGAUGGCCGUAUGCAGUUGCAUGAGAAAGAAUACGAAUCUUGGCUUUUACACUAUUCCUUUGUUGAUGACAGUAAAUAUAAAGAAGGUCAGCAAAAUCUAGAAGUAUGGAGCGAUUCAAACAAGAGCAUUCCCACUUCUAAUGUGAUCUUGGAUCGCCUUAAGAGACUGGAUCAGGUCACAUUGGAAUGGGCUGAGAUGUACUUUCUAUUGAUUUGGGACACUUUCAGGGAGAAAAAGUUCUCUCUGAUGUUUAAAUAUGCAGAUAAUUAUUUUAGUGCAUUACAUGGUGCCAAUUCCGUUUUGAGCAUUGAUGAAAGAAAGGAUGACAAAAAGUACGAGAAGCUGUUUCAAAUGAGCAUGGAAAUUGAAAAAAUAGUAAGAACUAGUAUAAAGUAUUCAUCAACCAACACAUCUAUGACUACCAUGAAAAAGAAUCUACAUAUUAUAGAAUGUACUUUUCCAGAGAUGAUUUUGAGGAUCAAAUUGUACAAAGUGCAAUGUAGAGGCCAUAAUUGUUUAGAAAACGAAAAUUCUACUGAUUUUCUUGAAGUUACCAAAAAUUUAUUGGAGAUUCAAAGAGCUUGUUGUAACAUAGAUAAUGAAUCUUGGCUAUCCUUCGAAACUUGGGACUCGAUAAACUUUGAUAGUGUGGCUUUUUCAACAAAAGACCUCGACGUACAAGUUGAUGCCAUAGCAUCUUUAUAUUUUUUUCUUUGUGAACGGUCCCCGUUAACCGGAAAGCCACUGAUUCAUGCAGGCAGAAAUGAAGGAGCGAUAAUCCCGAGAAGAAAGGAUUUCCAGGGUCUUAUGAAGAAACUCAAGUUGCAAUACGAAUCUAUUCCAAGCGCAAGUCACAUCAAAGCAAAGACCGCUUUUGUAUUGGCUCAUUAUGGUUUUCAUUCCACGGGAGAUAAAGCAACAGCUGAAAGACAGCUCUUUGAAGCACUUGUGAUAUGGAAACAGUACUCAAAUGAUCAUUUGACAUAUCCAGUACCGCUCCUGACGGGAGAAUUUGUACAAGAAGUACUUAACUUUUUGGCAAAUAUUCUUUUGCAAAAUGGAAAGGCUAUCUAUAGCUUAGCUGCCAGUACAGCGGAACAUGUUGUCGACUUUUUUAUGUCGAAAUCUCAGAGUAUACCUGUAUUGCUUCGAUGUGUAAGAAUUUCAAAGACAGCUGGACUGUAUCCUAUUGCGAUCGGAUAUUUAUUACAAAUAUUGGAAACCUACCUUGUUCCAAGGGCUAAACUGGAAUUCAUUUCUUACUUGUUACAGACCAUAGAUUUAGCUGUGGAGUUUGGUUACUUUUCUUGUGCUUUAGAACUUGUAGAGUGUGGAGUGAACUACAUUCAGGAGUCGAUAAAUACAAGUGAACAAAAUGCAAUAAGAAUGAACGAAUCCAAAGCCAAAAAUCUGGAGAAACGGCUGUCAAGUUGUUCUUCUAACUGGAGAACUAGAAGUUUUGAGGAAUUGAGAAUAAGAAGUGGCAUCUUAUUAACUGCAACUGGCCAUUUUGAAGCAGCACAAAAGUCAUUUCGUUCCUUGUCACUUCAGUCACGAGACAACCGCAUAACUUUAUUAUGUCGACUUUAUUUGACUGAAAUUGAUGGCAUGUUAAACCGUCAUACAGAAUGUCUUAGCUUCUGUGAACAAUUUGAGCGAAUGACAUCGCUUACUGUUGGUCAACUUUUUGAAAAUGUUCGACUCAGCUUUCAUCUAUCUUUGUGGGAUCUUGACUUGACAAUAUCUGAAGUAGCAGUCUUUAUAAAAAUCCGUUGCUUGUUGAGAAAACAACAGUUCAUUGAAGCACUGAGGAAUACCGACUUUGCGUUUAUAAAGUUUCAUCGAGGGCAGCUCCGUCAUUUGGGUCGUCUUUAUUAUUUGAGGGGAAAAAUCUUAACUCAAAUGAUGAUACAUUUGAAAGACAAUGUUGUUUGUCAGUCGUCCAAUUGUUUUACUACUUGUUUUAUAACGAAAACAGAAAGGCUUGUUGGCCCACGUACCAUUCAGAUUAGUAGUCAGGGAGCCCAAUCCAUGGAAAGAAGAUUAGAAUGGAGAUUUUCAAUACAGAGCAAAGAAGAUUUGGUCUCGCAAGCAGUAGAUUCUUUGUUCCGGUCGAUUGGUUAUUUCAAAAAGACUGGCCAAGACUUUCUUGUAGCUAAAGCACAACUCUAUAUAGGAAAGCUAAUAAAUGCAUAUCUUUCAACGCAACUACGAGUGGAAGGCACUUUCAAAUGGAGCUUUUUGAAGGAAAAUGUGCGAAAUUACUUCAAGUAUUUUUCAAAGAUUGAAAAUUUGGAAGACAUUCAGGCAGAUAGAUUAUUGAUUAGCGCAUGCAAGAUUUGGAAGCAUAUUUAUUCCUUGAAUGAACUGUUGAAUGGCUACAUCACAUUAAUAGAAUAUUAUUGUUUGACAGGUUAUGAUUCUGGAGCUUCUUAUUUGUUCUCUGAAUGUUGGUUACUGUUGUCAGAUUUGUUUCUAACGGACUUGAACAUACAAAGUUGUAUACAGCUUGAAACUAGUCGAUCCAUCGAGUUUGUUAUAAAGAAGUUGUCAAAGAUGGCGUGGAUUUUGGUUACUUUUUUCUCGGAAGAAGAAAUUCAACAUUAUCUUUUAGUGUUUGAUGCUUUGAACAAUUUGAAAUCGAGAUGCUAUCAGAUGGACAGUCCUUCUUUGAAUUGUCCAAAGGAUGACUCUGACGUGGUUCAGAGUUGUAAUAACGGUCACUCUGCUUUGACGACAUCGGACAAGAAUUCCGAGGAUCAUUCGAAGAAAGAAACUAUUGAACAACAUUCAGUUGUUGGUAACAAAAGUUCUGGCAUAACAAGUAAUAUCCACGGUUGCUAUCCUUUCUACAAAAAUAUAGAUAAGCGUUUGAAUAACAUAUGGUCAUUUGCGGCCUCCGGGAAUGAACAAGUUCAGUUCACCUUUUUGGAAGGUUCUAAAGGACGUCACUCUAUCUUUCAAGAAGGAAGCCGUACUAUUUAUGAGUUGGGAGAAGGCACUAAAAAACUUUUUUUGAAUCCUCAAGGUCAAAUUCAGAGGAUACGACAUAGAGUCCAACAACUGUAUCCAAUAGAUAUCUCCAAUUUUAUAGAGGAAAUUUUUUCGCUAAACUCGAAAUAUUCUACUUACCCAAUAAUGGAACUCAAGCAGCUUUACGAUACUUCAUGGUCGAUCUUUUAUCAUUUGAAGAUGCUGAAAUAUCAACAUCUUCGAGGCAAACUGAAAAACAUGGAAGACUGGAGUCGAUUGAAUUGGAGAGGUUGGAUGGAAUGGUUGAGUAUUUCAAGGGGCAUUCGACAAGAAAGUCAUUGUGUAAACAACAUUCCUAAGGAGUUGGCCUUCAAAUCAUUAUUUAUUGAUUACUUUGACCAAUGUCUCCUUAUUUAUGCCCCAUUUAGGCAGAUACAAUAUUCAAUACCGCUUUAUCGACGUUUCAAAGGCGGGGAAACUGAUUCCUCUAUUCAACAAGAAGGAACAUUACCACUUCCAUUUGAAGUUGAAAAACUCCUUAAAGAACUCAUGUUGAACGAGGACAAUUAUGUAUUAAGAGAUGUUUUGCCAUUUCAAAUUUCAAUGUGUUUUGGUCGAAGGAAACAAUCCAAGUCAAGCCAAGUUACAUCUAAGCACAUAAUAUCAUCCAGUGCAUUACACUCACUACUACAUAAUGAUAGCAAGUUAUUCAGAGAUACGCAAUUCACUCUGUUUGUGGAUCCAGAUAUUGCCUUUAUCCCUUGGGAGUUUAUCCUUGAUAUUGAUGCGAUUCGAAGUGAGAGUUUGAGUCGCUUGAGUUAUUUCUGGUAUCGAGGACAAAACAAUAGCACACCGUGUAGUAUAUCUAAAGUAUUUUGGUUUGACGAAAAGGAUGGAGGAUCCAAGAACGAUUUUUUUAUAACAAAAAAGGGUUCAUCUCAAAGGGGAAAAGAAAGACUAGAAACAAUUGUAGACUUUUAUUGGAAACGUUUGAUAAUGGAUCAUGCAACAAGAGAGGAAUGGAGACCUUGGCAAGGACCCAUUCCCAUGUCUUAUGAACGAUCCUCUUCAUGGUUGGAGAGAUGGAAAGAUGGAAGAGUUGAAACUCCCCAUUUAUUGGAAGCCAAUGCUAUCGAUUUAUUGCGUUGUUUUCAGUUGAAAAAUGAUGCUGUCCAUAUUCCAUGUUUUAUCUUUACUUUCAUGGACGGCUUGCCAAGACCUUGGACGACAUUGGGAACAUUUCUGGAAUGCUUACCACAAGCUGUCUCCUUAUUUGUUCCGACAAAAUAUAUGGAAACUUUCUUACAGGAGCAUUUUCCAUCGAUAGAACAUGCAAAGUAAGUUCCCAAGCACUUCAUUGAACAUUUAUUGAAUUCUUUGAUAGCAAACCGCUUUCCAUGUGGAUAAAGCAACUUCAGCAAGAAACUGCACAACACUGCAUUCCCAUUUUCAUUUAUGUCAAAACAGAUACCGCAAUAAAAUAUAUGCGUUGAAU